AAAAAAGUCAAACGUCGUGACGAGAAAACAUCUUUAUAUAUAAAAAAAUCCUUAUAUAUACAGCCUACUCUUGAGAAGAGGGUUGAUAAGAGACAAUGGAGACAGAAAGUUUCAAGAUAUCGGAGUUAUUUUGCCUUCAAAGGUUCCAUAAUGGUCCAGCACUGUUCUUUUUGAUCUUCUACUUUCCAUUUGGUGUGGUUUUAGCUGUUUUUCGUUUCUUUUUAUCUCUACAACUUCUACUCCUGACCUCCCUCUUGAACAAGAGUUGGUUCAUUACCAGAAUAUUAUUAAGAGUUUGCUGCACAGUUCUUGGUAUAAUUGUAACCUCUGAAGGAAUAGARAACCUGGACAAGAAUAGAUCAAAGGUUUUAAUUAGCAAUCAUGUGACCUUAAUUGAUAAUGUUGCCAUGGAGAUAGUUACCCCAUGCAUAAUGAGAGAACGCACAAGUGACAGUCCAUGGUUAAUAGAGAAAGUUCUUCAAUAUAGUGACUUUGGUGGAAGUAAGGAAAAAGAGAUCCUAAACACGAGAAUUUCACAGAAGUUAGAAGAGUCGUCAGUUCCUCUCUUAGUUUUCCCUGAAGAAGCUACGACGACUUCAAAGAAAGGUCUCUUGAAAUUCAAUCCUUGGGCUUUUGAGCUGACAAGCACUAUCAUACCUGUGGCUWUAGUCGCUGAAAGACUUCCAUUUCCAAGCAUAUCCUAUUCUGUUCUUGGGAGUCAUUGGUGGUCAGAACUCUUCUGGUUUCUAUUUGUUCCGUAUACUCACUUUCACAUAAGAUUUCUUCCUCCAUUAUCAAAAAGGGAAGAGCAAAGAUCUGAAGAGUUCAGUCAGGAUGUUCAAAAGGCUAUUGCAGCUUGUUUGGGCAUUCRAGCCACUAACUUUACAUUACAAGAUAAAAAUAUUUUACUAAAGGAGCUGGAACAUCAGGCAGAGUUCCCCCUUCAGCAAUCUUCACAGUCCAAGGCUUCCCCAGUUGGAGCAGCUAGAACUCCAGGAUCUGCAACAAGAUCUAGUCCCAGGAGGGAUACCAAAUUUAAUAAAAUGGCAAUCCAAGUGAAAGAGGUUUUACCUCAAGUCCCUUUGGAAUCAAUCAAGAAAGACUUAGCAAAAACAAAGUGCGUAGACACGACUAUUACCAACAUCAUUGAAGGAAAAGUUAUCUACACUCCAGAGAAUUCCCUGUCAGCUUCUGCUUCUGCAAAACAAAGAACCCCUUCUCCUGAGAUACAUAGCCAAACAUGGAUUAUAAUAAAGCAAGUUGCCAAAGAAAAAGAUCAAAAUAGACAAUUUAUAGACUACUCUAUCACUAUCUCAUAAAGAAAUUUUAAAUGUUUUUUUUUGGUUCACCGUUGUGUUAAUUUUCUAAAACUAUUUUUAAUUGAUUUGAAYACUGGAUGUUUUAUAGCCUUAUAUCCCCUUAUAACUAAAACAUUACUAGAAAAACAUUUUGUUAGAUUSAUUUUACUUUACCCAUGAAAAAAUAGAGC